AGUCGAAGGAAACGACUGGCUGAGAGAACGGCCUCCGGGCGAAGUGCUGCAGAAUAAAUUCCCCCUCGAACUGUUGCCGACGGAGUGCGACGUGGGCCGCCGUGAUCGCUCUGCCGGUGAUGCCAAAGCCGAUGCAGCGCUUAGAGGCCCGGCCCCGGCGGCAGGAGUGUGACCCCCACGAGUCCGGGCCCACGGAGGACGGCCGUGCGAGCGAUCCAUCGCGAGGUGAAGAUCGUCCCAAACGCUACGCCGAGGACGUCCGAGGUCUCGACCGGCGGCUGGUCUCCAUUGAUGUGGAAGGCCGGGAAGGUCAGGGUGCGACGGAAACGGGCCCAGCGCGAGAAGAUUCGGCGUCUGCUGAACUCUGGCCGGACGACUGCGUCGAGCCGACUCACGAGGUUCCAGCCGGAGAUGCGAGCGCGCCGCGAGAUUUGGUGACUCCGCGCAGCGCGCCGCCGUCGUCCGCCAUGGACGUGAUGCUGCAGACGGGGCUGGACAUCGAGCGGAUCUACCUGUCGGAGGUCCCGCUGUCAGACCCCAUUCUAACGCCGAUAUCAGUGACGCCAAAUCUGCACUGCGAGCAGUGGGUGUCAAGCGUCAUUUCUCCAAUCCGUGAACACCCCGUGGCCACCAUCAGCCUGGGCCUCUCGUCCGAGGGCCUCGAUCUUUCGUCGUCCGAGUCUCAGCCAAGGGUCAACCCCGAGUCUGCCUCUCCCGCGUCGCCCCUCGCUCCUCCACUCGCCCUCGGCCCGGAGUCGAGCGGCCCGAGCCCGCCGCCCAUCGAGCCCGAACGCCGCCGCUGGCCAGCGCCGCGCUCCAUCGACGGCUGCAGGCCGUGCCUCGUCCCGCCGGCGACGUUGGAGGACGGCGGCGGCGGCGGGUUCGCCGCGACGACAACCGCGGGGCUCUCGGAGCGCCUCUGCUCGCUGGCGCUCCCCGCGGUCGUCGCCGGCGGCCUGUGGCGCGCCGGGCACGGCACGCUCGGCAAGAUCGGCCGCCUGAGCGAGCGCGAGCUGCGCGACGCGGGCCUGUGUGACGCGGCGCACGCCGGGGGCCUCAGGUCGGCCGUGGAGCAGCUCGCCAGGCAGCUGGGCUCGUCGGCCAGGCAGCGGGGCCGCUGCGAGGCGCGCGGCUCCAACAACGUGUGAGCGGCGGGCGCCUCGGCCGCGAACGGGAGCGCCUCUCGGGGGUGGCGGCGAGAUGUUGGGGAAGUCACGGGUUCGGUCCCGACGCUGACGGAGGCGAGAUGUUGACUGCCUCGCCUGGUGUGCGGGAAGUCGUGUGUUCGGUCCCGACGCUGACGGAGGCGAGAUAUUGACCGCCUCUCCUGGUGUACGGGAAGUCGUGGGUUCGGUCCCGACCCUGACUAUGCCUGUAUAUUUCAAGUUUGCAUGUUCCUCUCUCUCUUCUCGUGGUCGCAUGGAUUUUUCUCCAGGUCCUUCAGUUUUUCCCUCAAUAUUUUAAAAAACACGCGUUUAGAGUAUUUGGCUGCUGUAAAUGUCCACGUGACAAGCCGCUUCAUCGAGCUAUCACUUGUGGCCAGGUCGCUUCUGAAUGAGAGCUACAAAGCUCAGUCGGUCCUUGCCUGGUGAAAUAAAAAAUGGUUUAAUUUUGUUUUGUUUUAAAACCAUCGCUGAGUUUCGUCCGGUCGCUCGUGGGUUUACAAGUGGGGCAGCAUCUGGUGACUAAUCACUUGAGGCUUUCCAAACAAAACAAAAACAGAUGUAAGUUAUUUCCUGUCCAAUUGAGUGUCGAUGCAUUGGUGCUCAUCUCCUGUUUUACAGCCUGGAGCCACCGGUGGAAUUUCCACAUUCCUAUGGCGGGAGUGAGUUCUCCCGCAAGAUAUUGCCUUCGCCACAAAGUGGUGCUUAAUUUAUCCACCCGUGAAGGCGAAUUAUCUCGAUGACGGUAAUGAUCUUGAGUUGACUCACGACCAGGGCUACAAUGCCAACAUUGGAAAGAUGUGUGCCACGAAAUGAGCUGAUGAGUUACAUUUUGUGGACAGGGGGGUCGUUCAAUGGAAGGACCUCGCCUCUGCUAUGGGAACGUGGAUUUUCCAACUCUUAGCUCGCGGUCCACCAAACAGGACGGACGACGUAGGUUGACGCAGGGUGAUGCGGAGUGACGCAGGGUCACGCGGGGUCAUGCAGGGUGACGUGGAGUGACGCGGGGUGACGCGUUGCACACGGGCUCGGGGUCACCGUAAUUCAAUCCGGAGGUUUUUUUUUGAGGUCCAUAAGAAUGAGAUUAUCCAGGAAGACAAUUUUACACUUCACAUUAUAACAGACAAAAGCAUAUAUCCUGUCCAAUGGAACACAAACCUGUCAACCCCUUAUCAGUGCCCUACCUUAUUACAGAUCAAUGCAGACAUUAUUGGUCACCCCGUGCCCUUAUAAAUCUCAACGUUCAUCCUUCAAAGUCCCAUCACAAGGGAUAAACGCAAACAAACAUUUUGCCUGUAUUGAAACGGCUGUACGCCAUAUGAACCUGAAAACUACAUUUCCCUGUACAAGAAAACAGGGUAAACCGUGUGCGUUGACAGCUAUCGGAACGCUUUUUUUUACUUCCAUAUGGCAACCUUCUCCUGUCGCCUGACAAUAUUAACCCCACUGUACGAUACAAUCCAAAUCAUAAUGAUAUUUCAGUGUCAGCAUUUUCAGCUGAGCACAAGCACAAAUCGCCAACCACAUUCUGUCCUUCAAGCUCCCUCUUUAUGACAGGUGCUUAAUUUAAAUGCGUCCGAGGUGGCCGACCGGCUGGAGUGGCUACGUAGCCACGGUUCGGAGCGAGUUGGGUACUGGAUGUGAUGUGCCGGGUGUGGAGAUAUUUGCGGGUCUCCAGCUGGGCCAGAAACCGUGUGAAAUUAAGCGCGGGUUAUAACCGAAAUAUACAACGGCGACAGGCUCUUAUAACCAUGAUAAAUGUGUUUCUUCUUCUUUUGGGGUUAAAUCGCGUAAAUCUGAAUGUGUCGUUAAAACCCGCCACCACCCGACAGCCAAUUAAAAAAAAAUGGAUCAUGGAUAAUGUUGGUCGCGAAAGCCUACGUGUUUAAACAGGCCCAUCAGUGUUCCGGGCAGUGGAUCUCUUUUGACACGCUGGAAAUUCCACGCUCCCGUGACGAGGGCCAUUCUCUCUUUUUUUCUCGCUUGCCGGACGAUCUAAAUAAGUACCACAAAAUGGUACUUGCUUUGUUAAUCCCAGAUUGAUGAUGGGUCGUGAUGUCGAAUAUCACCCACGGUCAUAGUCUCGUCACCCUGUCGUUCUCACGAGCUGCUGCGUCUGGCACAGUGACACGUGGUGUUGACUGAGAAAUCCUGAGACUAAUCGUGGAGUUGGGGAUGACUUUUUAAAAUUAUUUUUGGUGUGGAGAGCCAUUUCUCCGCGAUGAUGAUGAGAUUUUAAUUUUGCAAACUUCCGAUUGUGAGCGAAGUGUUUCUGCAGAAGGCCCCUUGCCAAAAACGUAAAGAGAUGUAUUUUUUAAUGUACAUUUCCAUUUUUUUAAUGAGGUGUUUAUGGCGAAUAUGGAGAGCUCUGUUUACUUCGAAUUGUGACGGUGAACUAUGGAUUCAAGAAUCCGAAUCAAUUUAUUUACGCUGCAGGAAUCCGAUAUUUGUUUCCAGAUGUCAAGUAGAGGCACGGGGUCAGAGCGUGAUAAUAACAAACAAUGCUGCGUAUGUAACGCUACAGCCACAUCUCAACAUGCCCUCCCAAUGACAAGGGCGUCUGAGUGUGGAAGGGAAAGCUGCAGGGUGGUGCAAACAUGAAAGAGUUCACUCUUAAAAAUGUGGUGAAAGAACGUCGGAAAAGGUUUUAGAGUGGACAGAAAGUUUGAAGGUCGAGAGGUCAUCCACCCGUACCCCCUGCCAUCGCUUCCCGUUUGGCCCCCGAAUUCUACAACCGCGAAGCGGAGUGGACGCGCAGCCACCAAGCGUCACGACUCUCGCUAGAAGCGGCCGCAGUGCCCCCGUCCCGGUGGCCUGCCCAGCUCCAGCCCCGCAGGCCGCGUCCUCGGAAUGAACGCAGCCCACGGUGAUUGAGAGACUCUAGCUCAAGGUGGGUCAAGCGAGAUGUGUCCCCCUGCCCAAACGAGGACGGGGCACUGCCCAUUUUCGAGAAUGGACCCUGAACCGGUGAUGUAAUGUUACACAUGACUACGGCAUGGUUUUAGUAUAUUUUACGACGGGAGCUUUUCAAGCAAUGUCCCUCUUUCAUCCUGUUGGUAAUCCUCUGCCGUGUGAGGGGUUUCCUCGUGUCGUGAAGGAGGUUCUUCGAACAUACUUCACCACGCUGUGUUAGUGAGCUGUGUUUUGAAGGCGGCAGGGGGAGGGGCGAGCAAAGACGUGGAGCAUAGAAGUGCAGUCCAACAACGGAAUGCACUGCUCCGUUGGCCUCCGCCGCUCUGCCCGCCACGUAGCUCGGCACCUGCCAAAGUAGCAGACCGCCGCGCCAGGUCACCGCGGUUUUGUCUCCUGUGCUACAAAUGGAGGACGAAACACCACGAAAAUGUUUCGGAGUGCCUCCGUCACAUCGGGAAUAUUGCAUGAGUGACAGGUUGAUACGAGGCUAACACAGACAGAAAUAUAAAUACAUAUUAUAUCAACAGCGCUUCCGAACGGACUUGUGCCCUUCAAGCACAUUUUUUUUGUUAACAGCUGGAUAAUGCAAAUUAAUCUGGCAAUGGCCAGUAGCCAUAGCUUUUAUGCUGGAAUUAUUUCAGCCCAGGAGGUGCUAAGCCAAUGUUAUGUAGGAAGGUUAGUCGCAACAACCUACGCUCUUGAGUUGGGCAAUGGGGGUCAGCAGACGCUGCUGUAUUGGCAGCAGAACAUUUGAAAUGCUGUACAGUAUUUCCGUUUUCUCAGUGCGAUCAUUUGCCAGUUGGGGUUUAAAGCGUAUGGGGAGUGAUCAAAAAGUAUGUGGGCUGACGAAGAAGUUCUGCUAAAACGUGGAGCGAAUGAAAUAUCCGGGCAAAACGUGCAGAGAAAAACAUCUGAAAAUCCAGAGAUAAUAUUGAGAAAGCCCAUGCUCACCCAGCCCUGGCUCUCCGUGCCUUUCAGAUGCCUCACUCGCAGCAGCUGGAGGACCACUCACAGCGAGAGUUAUUCUCCAGCGACCGUGGGUGAGCCGCGGGCUCUGGGCCGAGCUAGGAGCAAGGCACGGGGUGCUUCUGGGCCGGGAUUCAGAGUCUUGGGACAUCGAUUGUGAUUGUGACGAAUGGACCAAGCGCACUGCACUUCGAGGGGAUGAUGCGAAAAUGAAUCGUACCUUCGUCACGGCCACUCGCAGCUCUCAGUCCCGGCGUGUGCUGGCUACGCAUGCGUCGCCCGCGGAGAGGCAACGUCUGAUAACAAGCAACCGAGAUUCAGGUUUAUCGCUUGGUCGACGGCGAGAAACCUCUGAUCGUCUCGUUUUGCAAGAAAAAAAGCGAGGAUUUUUUGAGUUAACUUCGUGCACUGCACAGCGGCCAAUAGAUGGCUGUGCAGCAAGUGGGUUCUUGAUAUGUACGUCCUGAAUUUGUAUAUUAUUAUUAUAAUACUUUCUCUGGACAAGCUGCAGUCCUUCACAUGUGAAAUUCAAAUAUAAAGGAAUUGGCACAAAAUCCCAAGCAGGGCUCGCCUACAAACAUCCUUGAAACUCACUGAUACUUCAUUAGUAUUAUUAGCAUCAUCAUAAUUAUACUUCGUAUGUAUAUUGAACUCUGUUCGCACCGUACGUAGCCAACCGUGCUAACUUCAGUGGGCACUCGCAUGGGUAAAUAAAAGGACAUUUUUAUUAUUUCUGGAGGUGGCCUGCAAAUAAAAAAAACAUGCAGUACAGCGCAUGUUUCUAAGCGGAACCAUUGCUUCCUUGACUUCACAUCAGAAUCAGAAUAUUGAUGUAGACUGGCAGAGGAGGAAUCCGACGAGCUAUGAAGCUCUUUGUUAUAGACGUCCAGUAGGGGCAGGUCGGCAUGUAACAAGAACAGACAAUAUCAAACAAUUUAACACGUUGAUUAUGAAUACCAAACAACUAAAAACCGAUAGGAGUGCAACAUACAGAGAGAGGUAAGGAAGUCACGAAGGAAUAAAAUAAAUGUACAUGGGUCGGUUCGAUUCCAAACAAGGUUGUUUUACGUCGGGCCAAACUCGUGAGUGAGCUGACACACAACCCAUCCCAAACAGCUCUUUUCUUGAAAUCGCGUGUCUGGGCUGUGCGUUACUCCCUGGGGCUGUCCGACACGAGUUUGAAACUUUGCGAAUGAUUAAAACGACGACGAUAAUAAUAAUUGGAAGUCACCACUGCGGGAAUUUUGCGGACGACAUUGCCAAGCCUCUUAACAUUUGUGGGGAACAGAGAGGGCCGCUGAGCCGCCUUCCGGCGAUUCUCGAAAGGCAGUUCAGAGCGCGGCGCUCCAAGCCCUCGGGGUUCAAAUCCUCGAGCGCCGCCCCCGUUAACCGUGACCCCGGUGAUACCCCGAGAGAGUCACCCUCGACCGGCCUCUCCGGCUAUCGCGAUCACCUCGAAGGGCGCCAGCAAAGAAGAGCACCGCGGAGAUUCACGGCUCAGCGCCGCGUUGUUGGGUCGUCAUCAUUGUCAACGUUCCCCGCUCCCGCCUUGCCGGACGAUUGUCCGGGAAAUGGAGUCGUGCGCUUGGGUCCGGCUAAAACGUCGGACGUCGCGUCGACCAGCGCGUGCGGCGCGAUCAGAAAACACUUUGGAGAGCUGCCGCGUAUCUACAGCGCAACAACGCCGACUCAACUAAAACUGUAACUAUUUAUAUUUUACCAGGUAAGGGCCCCACUGAGCUGCGAUGUAGCUCUUUUUCAGACGCGACCUGGCUUUCACACAUGAUAGCCCAACGAAGUGGCUUCUCACGUGGAAAUUUAUUGCAGCCAAAAUAAAUACUCGAAACGCGUGGAUGAUGAUUCUUAACGUGGAAGGAAAAACCGGAAGAUCCGGAGAAAAACCCACACGAUGGAUUUGUUCUCUGGGUCCUCUGGUGUUUUUCCUUCCACAUUUAGGAUCACGCGUUCAAAGUAUUUGGCUGCUGCUAUAAAUGUCCACGUGAUGAUGAUAAGCCACUUCGUUGAGCUAUCAUUUGUAGUGGCCAGGUCGCUUCUGUUAAAAAGCUACAUAGCUCAGUGGGCCUGGCCUGGUCAAAUAAAAAAUAUUUUUUAUAGCUGUAACGUGCCAUGUGACUCCAUGCAGCUGAACUUAAAAUGUAUGUCGCAAACUAAGUACUUCUGAGGACAAACCCGUGUUGGAAAGUAUUUUGCGUUGUUCAAAAGUUGAGUGAAGUGUUUACUCGUGGCACGCAAACUAGAUUGUUUUCUUUAACGUAUUCGUGACACAAAAAAUACAGGAACAGCAAUUUGCUUCCGGAGUUGCAAAUUUAAGAAAAGACAAAACAUCCCGGGAUGCACAGUCAGCGUAGAAGUAACCCCAAGAGAAUGGCUAUUUGUGUCAUCUUGAUUUGAAGCUUUCGUGACUGCAGGAAUCCAUACUCUUUGGUUCUUUCGGUAAAGUCACGUAGGUAGAAAAUAAAACAAAUCACGACGUUUCGGGGGCAACACAAGCGUCCAUAAUCAGGUGGGAAAGCAUGGUCUGCUGCUGAGGCAUGCUUUCCCACCUGAUGACGAACGCUUGUGUUGCGCCCGAAACGUGAUUUAUUUUAUUUUAUACCUCCGUGACUUUACCGAUAGAACCAAAGAGUAUGCUAUUUGUGUAAGUUUGUUUUUUUGUGUCUUCCUUUCAACACAGUGCACUGUGCACACAAUGCUACGCAGUCUCUGUGGUGGUGGUAUUGGUGGUGGUGGUGAAGUGGUGGUGGUGAAGUGACAUAUCAGGAGCCUAUUUACUUUGGUGCGGGGUUAUCGGAUCACACAAAGACAGAGCCACAACCCCGUCCGUAAAAGUUGGCUUUCCAUAAAUUGACCUAAAGUGCGUGUCGCCGCACUCCCGAGUAGGUUUUCGCGAUUGCCCGCUGCUGUUCAUGUCUCUGAUGGGUUUUCGGGUCGUACCGCUCUUUUUUUUGGUUCGGCGUGAUGUCCGACGUUUCGCUGCACAC